UUUAUCUUAGAUGAUUCAUAUUAGCUUAGAUUUGUCUGCCACGUAAAAAUUAAAAAUAACUUUGCAAUAAUUGAUCUCAAUGAAAAUGGAAAAUGACAGUAACAGUAAUGAAGAUCGCAUUAUGUAUUUACAGCAACGGAAAAAGGCUUUAACUUUAUUAUUACAAGAAAAAAAUGAGUUGUUAAGAAGACUUUGCCUACAAGAGGCUGACAUAACUGGUGUCAUACCUUCUGAAACGCCAGAAGAAGUGCCAGAGGCUCCGCCAGAUACGAAUUAUUUAAACGAUGCCAAUGUAAAUUUAACUUUACGUCGUAAAGUCGAAACUGGGUUUAAGUUAUCAGAAAAUUUACUAUGUGGCAGCAUAACCAAUGAAGAUGAUGAAGUUCGAAAAUUACUUCUUGAGAAACAAGUACAAACGAGCAUUGCAGAAGCAGCUCUUCACAUGGCAAAUAACUUGUCUAAUAAUAAAGCUGUGCGCAGGAAACACAGACAUAUGUAUAAACAGUCUCAAGAAAAACUUGCUGGCAUAAAUGAGACUCUGACUAGGAGAAUAUCACAAAUUCCUAAAAGUAGUUCUCUGGAAGUUGACCUACAACAUAGUACUUCAGCAGAAGAAAAUUUCAAUACAUCACCAAUCAUACGUCACAAUAGUCACCAAAGCACAAGCAACAGGCAUUCUGAAUUCAUUCCCGAUAACUAUUAUUUGCAGCAUGCUGAUCAUAAUCCUAGCUCUUUUAAAGAUAUUAAUAGAUAUACUCAUUAUAGUCAUGGUGAUAUGCGUUAUGUAAUGCAAAAUAAUGAACCUCAAAUAUCUAAUAUUGAAGACAAUAUUGUGGCUCAUAACUAUUAUAUGAAUAAUAAACCAAAUAUACAUUUACCAAAUAAGUAUAGAAAAAAGCCUAGACCACCAGUUGAUGAUCAUUCAGUAAAACGAGAUCAAUUGAGUUUGUCAAAAUAUAAUAUAGAUAAUCAACAAGUGGGAUAUGUGGACCAAUUACAAAAUCAAAUUUCAGACUAUAGAAAUACAAUUGCAUCAGAUUCAUUUUUUACAUAUCCCAGAAAGGAUCAUUAUCAAAAUCACUUUGAUGAACCUGUAAACCAUAAUUCUGAAUUUUUCUUUGAACAAAACAUGGCCUCAAAAACAAUGCAGAUUAAAAAUAAACCUUCUUACAAUGUCAAUCAUCAGUCAGAAAGGAAUUUAUUUGGUAGUUUAGAUCGCCGAAAAAUUAAUAUAUCCCCCAUGGCAAGUGAAAAUAUUAGAGCAAAUCAAAAAAUUAAGAAUUCUAAUCGUUCACAUUCUAUUGGAGAAUUAAAAAUGGCUGAAGAUGUUACUGACAAUAUAUCUGUUGGUUCUCAUAACAGUGGAAACACUUUAAAAGAAAAACAGUGGCAUGAAACAUCAUUAGAUGAACAGCCUAUUUCACCAGUGAAACAGAGAGCAAAAACUAUCAGCCAUCCAUAUGAUGUUCCUAUUAAUGCAAAUUAUAACGAUAAUUUUAGAAGUUCAGUACAUGGUAAAUAUAAUUAUGAUUAUGUGGAUCCACAAUACCUUCAGAGUGCAUUACCAAAUCAAAUUGAUGGUUUAUAUGAAAAGAAUUUUGUAUAUACAGAACCUCCAAGGCCUUCUCCUAAAUUCAUACCUUUAAAUGUAAAUCAAGCACAAACAGCGACAGCAACGGCAAAACCAGCCAUGCCUUCUCCAACACAACAGUAUUACGAAGGUAAUGGUGACAUCUUUGCAAAAUCGCCCAAAGAAAACCAUUUUAAUCAUUCUCUUCCACCUAAAACUGUUAAUGAACAACCAACUAAGCAAUUUUUAUCACCAAGAACGGUUCCUGUGGAAUCGCCAAAAAAUAUAGAAGUUGUAUCCCCAGGAACGUGGUGCCCUUAUAAAGAAGUAUCAAAACCUUUUGAGAUGUCAGAUUUUUAUAAAUAUUCUACAAAGUUUAGAAAUAGACAAAUGGAUUGUAAUACUAAUAAACCACCAAUGCCCAAGCCACAAUCUAAUGUCAGUGCAGAAAUCAAACCUCAAUACUCUGAGCAUUUAGAAUCUAAUUCAGAUCCUAUUCAAAAGGGAGUUUACCAGCCUUUGAGACCUUUAAAGUGCCAACCAUUUUUAAUGCAGAAUCAUAAUAUUGAAACCGGAUGACUAACUUAUGUAAGUUAAUAAAUAAGUUGAGUGUAUAAAAUAAGUUUAUUAAGGAAACAAGGAUACUGUGAUCAAAACACAUUUUUUAUCAAUUUGUCCACUAAAAAACAAUAAUAAUUUCUCAUGCACAGAAAAAUAAUGGAUCAAAUUUAUUUAACUUUAUUAUUACAUGUUUUUUUGAGUGCAUGUUAUAUUAUAA